UCAGCUAUAUUUUUGCUCCUUAAAGCGCUCUCCGAGCAACAUAACCAAACAUAAACUCAAUGUGCUUUCAGUGAAUGUGGAAAUCUUUUUAAUUUUAAUAAAAAGGGAUACAAAUAAAUAAAAAUAAAGAAAAUGCUAGAAAUACCAGAGAUUAUUUGUGUACCUGGGCAAAGAUUAUCUGUAGCUGAUAAGGGAAAUUUACCUGGUUCAGGAACAUAUGAACAGCUUGGUUAUAUUUAUUCAAAAUUAGCUGGAUUUGUUAAAGUAAUUAAAGAAAAGGAAAUAAACAGAAUAGAAGUGCAUACGGUAAUGGAGCAAAGUAUUGUUCCUGCACCUGGUGAUAUUGUGACAGCAAUGAUAACAGUUGUCAAUCAAAGAAUGUGUAAAUGUACAAUAAAAUGUAUAGGUGAUGUAGUUCUGACAAGACCUUAUCGGGGAGUUUUACGUCGAGACGAUGUAAGAGCAACUGAAAAGGAUAAAAUCGAAAUGUACAAAUCAUUUCGACCUGGCGACAUCAUUUUAGCACGAGUUUUACCAAUGACGGAAGCACAUAAUUAUCAACUCAGUACAUCAGAAAAUGAACUGGGUGUUGUUAUAGCUCACAGUGAAGAAGGUGUUUCAAUGAUACCAGUAAGUUGGACAGAGAUGCAGUGUCCAAAAACGUUAAUAAAAGAAUAUCGUAAAGUAGCUAAAGUGAUACCUGAAGACGCGAUCAAUGACAUAAUUCUAAUUCAAAAUUGCACAUUUAUUAAAGAAUCAUUAGGAUGCACUUUGGAUAGAAAGGACAUUCCAUUUGACUUAAGACAAGAAUAUGACUUCAUUUAACCUUAUUUGAAUGUU